AUGCCCUUCAAUUUGCCCAGCAAUUUUUGCACAAACCCUGACGCCUUUCUACGAAAACCUCGACCUUCUGAACCUACUGAAUCGCCACCUGCACCCAACCCACCUAGAUACAACUGGCCUAUUGAAGGGGAAGACAUUGAUACGCCUGAGAAGACCAUUCGAACAAUUAUCCCUUCAUCUUCGCAUACCUUGACUUCUGAGAAUCAACCUGACUCGACGCUUACCCCUGACGCGCGGAUAGUCCGCGAUUUUUUCAAUCGAGCACAUCUAGCGACUCCUUUGUUACCAGGAAGCUUCAUAUAUACACCUAUGCCUCAAGUUCCAGCCGAAUCCUCGCGACGCGUUGGCGAGAUUCAGGCCACGGAAGCAAUGUCUCAAGAUGACAUCAUCAAUACCUUGCAGUCGAAGGUUGAUCAGUUGGAGCACGAAAAGUCGGAAUGGAAGGCAAAAGCUCAAUUGGCUGUUGCAGACCGUGAUCGAAUCGAAGCCCUGGAGCACACAAUCUCGCGUCUCGUGAUGGAACGUUCGCCGAACACGGCUCGUAGCGCGGGGUCUAACAAUCCCUUCGCUUCGUACCGAAAGCACGCAACGACACCAACACCAGCAGGCCCCCGCGGUCAACGACUUGUUGACACGGGAAUCGCUCAGGCACUUGUAGAGUCGUCACCGGUAAUGGCCGAACAACUUUCGCCAAAACCACCAGUCCAAACGCCGUUCCCUACUCGACAAUCCUUUCCAGUACCCAUGAAUGAUGAUCACGAGAAAACCCGAAGAGUCUCUUUCAACGCUCUUGUCGACCCGACGCUAAACGAUCAAACUAUGCCGAUGAAAACUUUUCACGAAGUUUACUCCAAUGACGCCCAACCCAAGGUACAAGUGGCACUGGACGAGCGAAUUCGAUCUCGAUUCGCAUCUGAUUCAUCGAAACAAAAAGAAAAAUAUGUACAUACGAACAAUGAAAGGCAACAGAGCGCUCCAAUAAGUUCAUCUGGGGAAAAACCAGGAUAA